AUGGACUCCAGACCCUACCUCCAAGACCCUCGCCUCAGCGCCGACUCUAAACGCAAAUGCCGACUGUACGACACGGCUUCGAAGCGUCCUGGGAACAAAGAUCCAUUCCUUGCGCGGUGGAAGGGUAUUUCGGACGCACAGACGCGGCUGGCGCUGGAGAUGCACGCCGCGGUCUCCAAGUUCAAGAGUCUCGAGGCACAACUGGAUGGCAGUGUGAGCAAAUUCGAGGAACGGAAAGAGCAAUAUGACGUGGUAGUGGAUGCGACGAGCCGCUGGGCUUUGGAGCAGCAGGAGGUACUUGCCAUGGACCGGGUCAAUACGUUCGUCGCGGAAGAGGAGGCUUUGAUAGCUGCAGGGACUGCUUAG